AUGACAACUUUCCAACAUCCCCGAAAGCCAAAGUGCCCGGCUCUUGUCCGAAGCUCUAAGGUUAAUGGUCAAAUGACCUUACUUGAUCUCCCUGUAGAGAUUGUGCUUAACAUCAUAGCCUGGCUUCCCCGGUCGGCAAAAGAGGCGCGGCGCAAAUCGAAGCAACACUCAAUCAUUCAGUCCUUCAAGGCGCUAAGGCUCACUUCUAAACCUUUGGCGGGAAUUGUUGCACCAGUUUUGCUGGAUGCGGUCAACAUCUCGAGCACCUCUUCUGCUCGAGGUUUCCUCAAAUGGUGCACGGAUUGUGCUGCUCAGAACCGUGACCCACCUGUGCGGCGGCUCAGCAUCAGAAAUGUUGGGCACCCUUCCCUCAGCGUCAAUCCUCAAUUGGUACCCUACGAUGUCUGCGAGGAUAUACUCUCAGUCAUAGCGCCCGGUUUAUGCGAACUGAAGAUUGUCUUCUAUGACUGCUUCGAAUUCUCCGACAAAAUUGCCAAUAGUUUCCGACGGGCGAGAAGGCUCUGGGCUCUGCACCUCCAGAUCAACACACAAACCCCUCAAUGCACCUCCGUCCCGACAACUGCAACACUCGACGCUCAGGUCAACUUGAAACUCCACAACCCGUACCCUUUCUUGACUUCCCUGAGGGCCCUACCCAGUCUUAGCGAGUUGGAUCUCAACAACUGUCUUGAUCAUUGCAUGCCCUUGGGCAGCACCGGACAAUUCCCUUCGCUUCCCUGCGUGCAACAUUUGAGGAUAAUCAUCGACAAUAACUCUACAUCUUCACCAAGCCACCCGCACAAAUUCCUCUUUGAGCUCUGCAGGGCAAUUUCUGACAGCCUCUUAAUCCUUGAAAUUAAGGGCUCCCGUUACGAACCCAGUAAGCUCGUACCGGUACUCGCGGUCGCUCGGCGGCGUUUGGAAGCACUCUAUCUCAGCGACGUAGUUUUGGUUCAAAAGUGCCGCGAAUUGGAUUUCCCUCGAUUACGAACAUUUAUGCUGGACGACUCACGCUACUUGACCAGGGGUGAAUUUUACUCGCCAAUGUUCGAGCAGAUAAAUACCCUCGUGCUGCGAAGAUGGAUGGGGACAGACGUACCUCUGGAUGUACCUGUCGAAGCAUUUCCAAAUUUGAACCGUGUCGUUCUUACUCACACUUCACAUCUCACGCCCGAUAUCACUUCACUAGUCAGACAGUGCCAAGAUGGCAACAUCGAGUUGCUAGCAUCGGCUAAGUCUAUGAACCUCAAGGAAAUCUGGACCGUUGAUACAGCCGAGGCCCGCCAUCGUGCUCUCCAAGUACCGUUUGGUCAUACGUCGGAAGCUUGA